AUGUCUAUCGUGUACCGUCUCUGGACAAGCUCUAACUCUUGUCUUGAGUUCGCGAGCAUUUUGCCUCUCCAAUCCUCCAAUUCGCAGAGGCCGAUGGUGGGCAAACGUUCAAGUGGAACUGGACAGAUAAUAGCUGCCUUCAAGAACGACGAGAUCGACAUUGGGAUUGCUCUCACGGACGCUCUCAUUGCUGGUAUCGCAAACGGCAAUCCCGACUAUCGACUCGUGGGGCAAUACAUCACUACACCUUUGAACUGGUCGGUUCUUCUACCCCAGACACUAAGAUUUGAAGGGGACGACGAUGGGGAUUUCCCGUAUAGGAAGGGCUGCAGUGGAAGUCAAGUGAUGGCUGCUGUGAUGGCAAUGCAGCAAGGCAAAUACUUUAAUUUGGGCCGAGGAGCACAUGUUGAUCUUGCCUUGAACAACAACAUAGACGGUCUGAUCCGCUCAGUCAACGAUGGAACCACGAGCGCAUUCAUGUGGGAAUGGUGA